AUGGCGAAGAAAAGCAAGCUCCUUUCUGCACUGGACGCGCACAAAGGGCGCAAUUUCGAGCUAGAACACCAGAGAAAGCUGCAAAAGGCAGCACACAAGAGGAAGGAGAAGCAAUUGAAAAAGACCGGGAACGAGGAAGAAGAGAAGGAAGAUACUGAGCAAUUGAAAGACGUUACCCUUUUAAAUGGGAAGGAAAAGUCGGAUACCAAAACGGGUACAAAGAGCCAACGAGACAUGAAGAAGUCCAAUAAGAGGGAUGAAGACAACGAGAAUGUAGAGGAAGAGGAGGAGGAGGAGGAGGAAGAAGAAGAAGAAGAAGAAGACGAGGAAGCUGGCGCAGAAAACGAAGAUGGAGAUGAGGAAGAGGAGGACGAAGAAGAAGACGAAGACGAAGAAGAUAUCCCACUCUCAGACCUCUCUGGUGACGAAGCUACAGACGUUAUUCCUCACCAGCGGCUAACGAUCAACAACUCCACUGCCAUUCUAGCCUCCCUGAAGCGAGUUACCCUCAUAAACGACCAAAUGCCAUUCUCUGAACACCAAACCCUUACCUCCACAGAAACCAUGGAUGUCCCCGACCCAAAUGAUGAUCUGAACCGCGAGCUUGCAUUCUAUAAAGUCUGUUGUGCUGCUGCGAGGACAGGACGAACGCUAUUGAAAAAAGAAGGAAUUCCAUUUUCAAGGCCUACAGACUACUUUGCUGAGAUGGUGAAGGACGACGAGCAUAUGGACAAGAUCAAGAAGAAAUUAUACGAAGAAGCAGCUAGCAAGAAGGCUAGCGCGGACGCGAAGAAGCAGAGAGACCUGAAGAAAUUCGGGAAACAAGUACAAAUCGCCAAAAUGCAAGAGCGACAUAAAGAGAAGAGGGAAACUCUGGAAAAAAUAAACGAGUUGAAAAGAAAACGCAGAGGUGCAGGUAAUGGCGAGGCGGAGGAGAGCGAGCUCUUUGACGUUGCGCUUGAAGAGUCAAGCAAGUCUGACUCCCGCCGCGGAGGUCGAGGCAAGGACGGCGAAGGAUCCCGCUCUAAGAGACAGAAAAAAGAUGCAAAGUUUGGCUUCGGUGGUAAAAAGCGCUUUGCAAAGAGUGGUGAUGCUAUUUCUAGUGGUGACCUGAGCUCAUUCUCUACCAGUAAAAUGAAGGGAAAGAAAACAGGGGCAGCGAAGAGGUUAGGCAAAGGCAGACGUCAAGCAAGACGAUAG